GAAUAUAAACAAAAGAAACUUGUAAAUGUAGNUAAUAAGAUUAAUAAGAUUAAACUGAUGAUGAUGAAGUCAAAGUUAAAGAUGAUGAUGAUGAUGCAGAUACAAAGAAGAAGGCUACUAAAACUAUUAAAGAGAAGGUAUCUGAAUGGAUGCAAGUAAAUGAAAAUAAAGCUAUUUGGUUGAGACCUAAAGAAGAGAUAUCAGAUGAUGAUUAUAAGAAAUUCUAUAAAGUAUUAUCAAAGAAUUCAGGUGAAGAUCCAUUCAAUUGGGUUCAUUUUAAGGCUGAAGGUGAAGUUGAAUUUACAUCUCUUAUUUAUGUUCCAAAAAGAGCACCAAGUGAUAUGUUUGAUAAUUAUUAUGGAAAAUAAACUACAAAUUUGAAAUUGUAUGUUAGAAGAGUUUUGAUUAGUGAAGAAUUUGAAGAUAUUCUUCCAAGAUAUCUAAGUUUUGUUAAAGGUGUUAUUGAUUCUGAUGAAUUACCAUUAAAUGUUAAUAGAGAAACACUAUAAUAACUUAAAAUGUUGAAGGUUAUCAGUAGAAAGAUUGUUAAAAAGAUAUUAGAAUUAUUUUAAGAUGCUGCUUCUUAUGAUGAAGAAGAUGAAGAUGAUACUGAAGAAGGAGAAGAAGAUGAUAAUAUGGCUGAAACAACUCCAGAAGAAUAAUAAAGAUUGAAGGAUGAAAAGAGAAAAAAGAAGAUGGAUGAAUAUAAUGAAUUUUGGAAAGAAUAUGGAAAGAAUAUCAAAUUAGGUGUUAUUGAAGAUUCAUCAAAUAGAUAGAAAUUAGCUGAAUUAACAAGGUAUAAUUAUUAUAUAAAUUAUUAUAUGAAAUAUGUUGGGUAUGAUGAUAAAAUUCAUAUAGAUAAUAAAUGGAAUCAUUUCUAUUUAUUAUAUGAUCUAUAUAAACAGUCGUCUGAUUCAAUAUAUUUCUAAUCUAAUAUUAUCCAUAUAUUAAAUAUUAUACCUAAUAUUUUAUUUUAGAUGGUAUUCAAGUAAGAAUUCAACUGAAUUAACUUCAUUUGAUGACUAUAUUGAAAGAUCCAAGCCUGGAUAAGAUUCAAUCUAUUAUUUAGCUGGUGAAAAUAAAGAAUAAUUAUUGGCAUCUCCAAUUAUUCAAGGAUUAAUUAAAAAAGGAUAUGAAGUAUUAUUAUUGGAAGAUCCAGUUGAUGAAUUCACAUUUUAACAUUUGAAUGAAUAUAAACAAAAGAAACUUGUAAAUGUAGGAAAAGGUGACUUCAAAUAACCUGAAGAUAAUGAUGAACAAAGAAAGAAAUAAAAAGCUUUAAAGAAAGUAUUCUAACCUUUGACUGAUUGGUGGAGAAAGUUAUUAUCAGAAAAUGUUGAUUCAGUAGUUAUUUCAUAAAGAUUGAUUGAAGACCCACUUAUUGUUGUUUCAUCAGAAUCUGGAUAUUCAGCUAAUAUGGAAAGAAUAUCUAAAGCUUAAGCUUAUUCAAGUAAGGGUAGCAAUUCUCAACAAUUUGGUAAGAAGAUAGUUGAAAUCAAUCCAAAUCAUUAAGCUAUAUAAGAAUUAUUAUAAAGAGUUAAAGAUGAUCCAGAUUAAGAAACUGAAGAAAUGGCUAGAGUUCUCUAUGAAGCUGCUUUAGUCAAUUCAGGUAAUAUUUAUUAUUUAUAUUAAUCUAGGUUAUUCUAUCCCAAAUCCUGAAAAGUUUGCUAGUAGAUUUUAUAAAUUAUUUAAUUCAGCUUUGGGUAUUGAUAGAGAUGCACCAAUUAAAGAAUAUGAAGUUGAAAUUGAAGAAGAACCUGAAACUUCAUCUGAACCAACAGUUGAUUAAGAUGGAACAAAAUGGGAAAAAGUAAAUACAGAUGAUGCAUAAUGGGAAACUGUAAGUGAUGAUAAAAGAGAUGAUUUAUGA